CGGAAAGCGGUGCCGUGCCGGGGGCGGCGCUUCCCUCCCGGCUCCCGCAGCCAUGGCGGCUCCCGGCGGGAUGGUGCCGGUGCUGGCGGGGCUCUUCGUGGGCGGCGCGGAGUCGUGCUCGUCCCCGGAGGCGCUGUCUCAGGCGGGGGUGGUGGCGGUGCUGACGGUGGACGCGGAGGAGCCGCCGGCCGUGCCGGGGGUGCGGGCCAUGCACGUCCGGCUGCGGGACGAGCCCGGCGCGGACCUGCUGAGCCGCCUGGACGAGUGCGCCGCCUUCCUGGGCGCGGCCCGGGCGGGCGGCGGCGCCGCGCUCGUCCGCUGCCACGCCGGGGUGAGCCGCAGCGUGGCCGUGGUCGCCGCCUACCUGAUGAAGACGCAGGGGCUCGGCUGGGAGGAGGCGCUCGCCGCCGUCAGGGCCGCCAAGCCGGACGCGCAGGUGAACCCGGGCUUCCAGGGGCAGCUGAAGCUCUACGAGGCGAUGGGGUGCGCCGUGGACACCAGCAGCGUCCUCUACAAGCGGUACCGGCUGGAGAUGCUCAGCGAGAGGUUCUCCGAACCUCAAGACUUGCCCCGAGAAGUCUUUGCAGUUGAUCCUACCACUAUGUGUCAAACUUUGAACACAGAGGUUCUCUACAGAUGCAGGAAAUGCAGACGCGCUUUAUUCCGUAGCUCCAGCAUUUUGUCCCACACGGAAGGAAUGGGACCGACAGCCUUUGCCCACAAGAGGAUAACAGAGUCUGCACGGCUUUCUGGGAAUGGCCAGGAAAAGUGCACCUCGUACUUCAUCGAGCCCGUGCAGUGGAUGGAACCGGCAUUGCUCGGAGUAAUGGAAGGACAGCUUCUGUGUCCCAAAUGCACGUCGAAGCUGGGCUCCUUCAGCUGGAGGGGGGACCAGUGUUCCUGUGGCCGCUGGGUGACACCGGCCUUCCAGAUCCACAAAAGUCGUGUGGAUGAAGUGAGGACAUUGCCUGUUGGUAACUUCCAGACUGCCAAAACCUGAACUCAUCACUUCACUUGAUGGAUUUCUUAACAUCUACUGAAAACUACUAGUCCACGGUUGCCAGGAAAUGAGCUUAUGACUUCCAACCCUUUGUGAGGUGGCAGAAUUACUUGAACACCUUCAGCUUGCUGUAUCUCUUAAUAUGUUCUAUGAAAUAUCAGAACAGUCUCUUCAAAGAGGUGUUAGAGUAGUCAAAUUUACAAAAUGGGCCAAACAUGAUGUUUUUAGUGCAUUCUUCAUUUAUGUGUUGCUGUUCACAGAAGAUCUCAAUGCCUUAUUCAAAAACAGUUGCUGUGGGCAGUAGUGCUGCUCAGCUUCUGAUCCAAAGGGCCAAGUGCUCUCAAAUGGUACAGGUACAAUUGUUUUGCGUGCAUGGCAGCAAAAGGCAGACUUACAGUUACACUUUUAUUGUAUUAAAAGUAAUCCUAAAAAUACCUGCCCCAAGAGUAUUUACUACUUUGUAACUCUUUCAUGUAAAGAGUGAGGGCAUUGUGCAAGCUGUAAUGGAAUGGGAGAAAUGAAGUAAAGAGUCCAU